CUCGGUGGUCCGCAUGCAGCGCAUAAAUAAUAGCCGCACCGUCGACCGAGUAUUUUGAGUCUUCAGCUCCGGACAGCAAGUUCCCAAACUGCAACAUGUCUGAAACAGCAAAAUCCCCCGCUAAAAAGAAGCCGGCAGCGCCUAAAAAGCCAGCCGAUCAUCCACCUUAUUUAGAGAUGAUCAAGGCUGCAAUUGCAGCGCUGAAGGAGCGAAGCGGUUCUUCCCGCCAAGCCAUCGAGAAAUACAUCAAAGCCAACUACAAGGUUGGUGAGGUUGGCUCGCACUUGAAGAUGGCUUUGAAGAGAGGCGCCACCAGCGGAAAGCUUGUGCACACCAAGGGAGUUGGUGCUUCUGGCUCCUUCAAGUUGCCCAAGGAGGAAAAGAAGGAGAAGAAACCAAAGAAGAAGCCCGCUGCAAAGAAGAAGCCCGCCGCCAAACCAAAGAAGCCCGCCGCCAAGAAGGCGGCGAAGAAACCAGCGGCAAAGAAGGCAGCAAAGAAACCAGCCGCGAAAAAGCCAGCAGCAAAGAAACCCGCAGCUAAGAAACCAGCAGCAAAGAAGCCGGCAGCUAAGAAACCUGCCAAGAAAGCGGCCAAGAAACCCGCGGCCAAGAAACCCGUGGCCAAGAAGCCUGCCGCCAAGAAAACGGCUAAAAAGUAAACUGCGACGCUUCACCAAACAAAACGGCUCCUUUAGGAGCCACCACAUACAAAAAAGUGAUGACCAACAGAGCAAACAGAAUACUCUCGCUUAUGUUUAUAUAUUUGUAUUUUAGUUUCGUUUUCAAUCGCUUUCAAUACGCUCUUCGAUAAAUCUUUUGACAUUGAGAUAUGCAACCUCGUUCCCAGGGCUUUUUCCCUGGCUUGGGGCGGGAGAAAAGGCCCUGGAAACAAGGUUAUACCUGAAGCGCAGCCGUUAGCCUGUGUACUGCCGCCCCCUCCCGUCAAAAAAAUCAAGGAGGGAGAGGUCUGUCUUUCCAAUUAUGGGAGGGGGCGGCUGUACAUAGGCUACGUAGCUUCAGUUACAGCGGAACUUCUCUAUGGAACGAUCAAGGGCAUUAAAUAACUUUGCAUAGUUACACCUCCAGAUCAGAAUAAACAAACGUCAUGCGUUAUUUCGGGGCUUCAUGAA